AUGCCCGAGUCAACAAGUCUAACGUUUGAUCUUCUCCCUAAUGAGAUUCGACAAAGUUCCGCCAUUGGCGCGGAAAUCCACCUGCCGCCCGGAAUGGGUUUGUUGGACCUUGACCACCUGACCGAGAACGACAAGGAGAACCUUCGAAAAGCUCUUUUUGAAAACCAAGUGGUGGUAAUCAGAAAACAAAAAGGGAUAGAUGCAACUGUCCUGCCAAAGCUCGCCAAGGUUUUCGACCCCAACGCGUCUGAUAUUCAUUCCGCUGGUGAGAAAGCCGUCAGCGACCCGAAGAACAUCCUGUCGGCGUACAAAGCUGGCAGAAUCCCAGGGGCUCCCCAGGUUGGUAUCAUUGGGUCGGGUACAUUCGAAAAUUAUGAAGGUCUGGAGAAGUUGGAGGUUGUGCAUUUGGAUCACACGUUGUUCCACGAGACGCCUUUGAAGCAGGAGGAGUUGGUUGAUGGUUAUACCCGCCCAUACCGGUGGCAUAUGGAUACUCCAUUUUAUGAGCGGCUGCCGGGUGAAGUGACGAUCCUCCACUCAAUUCGCAGUCCCAAUUUACCCGACCAGAAGAUCAAGUUUCCGGAUGGAAAGGAAAAGGUUGUCGGUGCUGGUGCCACAGCCUUCUUUUCCGGCGCUCGUGCUUUUGCUCUGCUGACCCCAGAGGAACAAGAAUUUGCUCUUAAUACCACGGUCACGUACGCGCCUCAAGCGUACGAGUACAUUCGGCAAUGCAAGGCGUCAGAAGACGGCCUCACUAUCCCGACGUUUGGGCGGGAGGUACCGGUGGAGAAGCUGUCGGAAUGGGCGUGGGACAAAGUUGCAGAGCACCCGAUGGUCUGGCGAAACCCACUCAACCCCGACAGGCCCUUCUUACAAGUACACGGCUGCUGUGUGUAUAAGCUCACCACACGGAACCCAGCGACAGGCGAGGUCAAGAUCGUGGAUGAUGUCGAAAAAGUGAGGGAGGUGGUAUACAACAUGCAGAAGAAGAUAUAUGCCGCCGAAAACAUCUAUGCCCAUCGAUGGCAAGAGGGUGACGUGGUCAUUUUCCAUAAUCGUGGAGUCAUGCACAGCAUCACGGGUCAGCUGGCCAAGUACAAGGAGGAAGAGGAUAAGAGGAGAUUGCUGUGGCAGUGCACGAUGACAAGUAUCACUGCGCCGAAACCGUUCCGGGAAUAUGAGGGCGUCAAUGACACUGGUUAUGUGAGACCAUGA